UUUUGCCUUAUCUACAACACAUUCAAGUUGAAAAUUGACUCAACUUAAAGAAACUGCUCGUAAAGUACAUUUCUAUUUUCGCAAUCAGAAAUCGCACGUACACUUGCGCAAAACCGAUGCAAACAGUGCUGUCGCCAACCGUCACCAACCAAAACGAGCCACAACUCCCACAACUGCCACAGCCAGAGCUACAACAACUGUCAGUCUCCAACUCCACCAACGCACUCGACUCGUCAAAAACAUAUGAAUCGUGGAUUAAUACAGUCGAUAUAUCUCGCGCCACGAACAAGAAACACUCCGAUUGCCGAUAUCGUAAUGAAUUAAUAAUAGCGGUUGUGUCGAGCGAGAAAAUGUGCUGUGUAUGCUGGUAAUUAGUGCCCAACUCACUCGUCAUCGAGCCCAAAUACGUAGGAUAUAGGACCACAACAAACACACAGCGAGAUGCGAUCUCUCGGCAUAUCGGUGAUAAGCGUUGCGCUUACCACCUUGGUGGUGGCGAAUGCUUACUAUCAAAAGAAACAAUUCUAUCCCUCAGUGGUGUACAUAACUAAAUCUAAUCCUAGCAUGGCUGUUAUUUACAUUCAAGCAUUCAUAUGUGUAUUCUUGAUGGGCAAAAUUAUGCGAAAGGUAUUUUUCGGCGAGUUACGGACGUCGGAGUUUGAGCACUUGAUGGAGAGGUCAUGGUAUGCUAUUACUGAGACAUGUCUGGCAUUCACAGUGUUUAGGGAUGACUUCAAUCCAAAAUUCGUCGCGUUAUUUACGUUACUUUUGUUUUUGAAAUCGUUCCAUUGGUUGGCUGAAGAUAGAGUUGACUUUAUGGAAAGAAGUCCAAUCAUAAGUAUGCUUUUCCACAUUAGAGUUUUAGGUCUCUUGCUGGUGUUGGGCAUGCUUGAUGUGUAUUUUGUUGGACAUGCAUAUCAGUCAACAGUUUCAAAAGGCGCAUCUGUUCAACUAGUCUUCGGUUUUGAGUACGCGAUUCUCAUCACGAUGGCGAUUAACAUCUCCAUCAAAUACUCACUAUACUCGUUCGAUUUGAAUAGUGAAACUCCCUGGGACAACAAAGCAGUAUUUCUGCUUUACACCGAAUUGAUUAUGGGUCUAAUCAAGGUGAUUCUGUACGCUGCAUUCGUUAUUAUCAUGAUACGCAUCUACACGCUGCCUCUAUUUGCGCUGCGACCUAUGUAUUACACGCUGCGAAACUUUAAAAAAGCAUUCAAUGACGUGAUACUAUCACGUCGCGCUAUUCACAACAUGAACACGUUGUACCCAGAUGCGACGCUUGAAGAACUCACCGCAGGCGACAAUGUCUGUAUUAUUUGUCGCGAGGAAAUGACCACCGCUGCGAAAAAACUACCAUGCAAUCAUAUAUUUCAUGCGGCGUGCCUGCGCUCGUGGUUCCAGCGCCAGCAGACAUGUCCCACAUGCAGGUUGAAUAUUCUGCGGACGCCUGCUCCUACUCCCACACCCGCAGCUGCGGAAAAUAGACAAGCGAGGCCACAAAUGCCGCAGCCACCUAACAUGCCUAAUGUGGCGUUUAAUAUGCCCAAUCCCUUCAUGAUGCUCAACAAUAAUUUGAGGAAUGUCUUAAAUGGGCAGGCGCAAGGAGGUCCUCAAGCUGGUGUUGCUGGUAAUGUACCACAACCUGGACAAGCGCAGCAGCCACAUGCGCCGAGGAUGCCAAAUGUCCCGCCUUUUAUGCCACCCAAUGGUGGUGCGGCACAGACUGGUGCUGAUGGCGCACCGAACAUUCCACCUUUCUUCCCCUUCCCGCCGAUGGGUUUCAUGACGCCACCGCCGAUGCCGCCGCCGAAUUUGUUUUCGAUUUCAUUGGAGCAAUUGCGGCGUAUGGAGGGUAACGAGAGGGAACAUGUUGAGGCGAGAAUUCAAUGGUUGAGAAAUGUUCAGCUUAUGUUGGAUGCUGCUGUAUUAAUGAUGCAACAGUACAAUACAGCCGCAGCCAUUUCCCUAUCGAUGCCAAAUGCGACCGCCGAUAAUUCACCGGCGUCGACGACUGAAAACGCGGCGGGGGCUGCCGGUGAUUCCAACAAUACCAACACCAGCACCAGCGAAGCUGGCACUGCCAGUGGCAGUACAACAACUAACAGUUUUCCACCUGCGAGUGACAAAAAUGAUGUAGACAAGCUCGGCGCGAUGCCGUCGACCAGUUCAAGCGCGCCAGCUGCAGAUGAUGAGAAUGCAACUGCUGAGUCCAUGCUACGGCGGCGCCGUUUGCAAAAGUUUGAAGAACCACAAGACCAACAACAGGCGCCCGCGUCGUAAUUGAAAUCGGCGGUGCUAUUUGUUUUUAAAAUUUGUACAAGAUUCUUAUGAUUUCCGGUCAUUUCCCAAGCGAACAAUUUUGCAGUGCGAAACCAAUCGACGGUAAUGUCUCGUGGCGAGGGUUUGCGCCGAUAUAUUUAACGGCCCGAUGAUUUAUGUUCUUUCCAUUAAAAUUACUAUUAUUACUA